AUGAAGCAUUUCGCGAAUUCUUUGUGCUUCGAGUCUCGUAAUUAUUGUGAAUUUAUAUCUAAUUACUAUAAAGAUAUCACGAUAUCAUUUCUUCUUCUUCUUCUUCUUCUUCUGGAGAUUAUUUCUCCUACUUUUUCUUCUUCUUCUUCUUCUGGAGAUUAUUUAUCCUUCUUUUUCUUCUUCUUCUUCUUCUUCUUCUGGAGAUUAUUUAUCCUUCUUUUUCUUCUUCUUCUUCUUCUUCUUGAGAUUAUUUCUUUUCCUUCUUCUUCUGGAGAUUUUUUCUUCUUCUUUCUUCUUCUUCUGGAGAUUAUUUAUCCUUUUUUUUUUUUUCUUCUUCUUCUGGAGAUUAUUUAUCCUUUUUUUUUUUUUUUCUUCUUCUUCUUCUGGAGAUUACUUAACCUUCUUUUUUUCUUUUUUUCUUCUUUUUUCUUCUUCUUCUUGGAGAUUAUUUCUCCUUCUUCUUCUUUCGAGAUUAUUUUCUGGAGAUUAUUUCUUCCUUCUUUUUUUUUCUUCUUCUUCUUCUUGGAGAUUAUUUUUCUUUUUUUCUUUUUUCUUCUUCUUCUGGAGAUUAUUUCUCCUUCUUUUUUCUUCUUCUUCUUCUGGAGAUUAUUUCAUCCUUCUUUUUCUUUUUUUCUCCUUUUUCUUCUUUCUUCUUCUUCUUCUUCUGGAGAUUAUUUCUCCUUCUUUUUCUUCUUCUUCUUCUGGAGAUUAUUUCUCCUUCUUUUUCUUCUUCUUCUUCUUCUUCUGGAGAUUAUUUCUCCUUCUUUUUCUUCUUCUUUUCUUCUUCUUCUUCUGGAGAUUAUUUAUCCUUCUUUUUCUUUUUCUUCUUCUUCUUCUGGAGAUUAUUUAUCCUUCUUUUUUUUCUUCUUCUUCUUCUUCUGGAGAUUACUUAUCCUUCUUUUUCUUCUUCUUCUUCUUCUGGAGAUUAUUUCUUCUUCUUCUUCUUCUUCUUCUUCUGGAGAUUAUUUCUCCUUCUUUUUCUUCUUCUUCUUCUUCUUCUGGAGAUUAUUUCGUCUUCUUUUUCUUCUUCUUCUGGAGAUUAUCUCUCCUUCUUUUUCUUCUUCUUCUUCUGGAGAUUAUUUCUCCUUUUCUGAGAUUUUUUUUCUUUUUUUCUUCUUGGAGAUUAUUUUUCCUUCUUCUUCUUCUUGGAGAUUAUUUUUUCUUCUUCUUCUUCUUCUUCUUCUUCUUCUGGAGAUUAUUUCUCCUUCUUUUCUUCUUCUUCUUCUUCUUCUGGAGAUUAUUUCUCCUUUUUUCUUCUUCUUUUUAUUUUCUUCUUCUUCUUCUCUGGAGAUUAUCUUCUUUCUUUUUUCUUUCUUCUGGAGAUUAUUUAUCCUUCUUUUUUCUUUUUUCUUCUUCUGGAGAUUAUUUAUCCUUUUCUUUUUUCUUUUUCUUCUUCUGGAGAUUAUUUUUUCUUUUUCUUCUUCUUCUUUGGAGAUUUUUUCUUCUUUUCUUUUUUUUUCUUCUUCUUCUGGAGAUUAUUUCUCCUUCUUUUUCUUCUUCUUCUCUUUCUUUUUCUUCUUUUUAUCAUUUCAUCUUCUAGUUCUUCUUGCUUUUCUUCUUCUACUUCAUUUGUCAUUUUUUACUGAAAUAAUUUCUCGUUCUUCUUCAUCUUCUUCGUCUUCUGCUUUAGGAAAACACUUUUUCUUAUUCUUUCUUCUUUUUUUAGGAAAUAAUUGCUCCCUUUUUGUUGAGAUCAUUUCUUCUCAUUCUUCCUUUACUUCUUCUUCGUCUUCUUUAGGAGAUCAUUUCUUCUUCUUCAGGAGAUCAUUUUUCUUUUUAUUCUUCCUCUGCUUUAGAAGACAAUUUCUCCUUCUUCACGUUUUUCUUUUUCUUCUCAUCUUCUUCUUCUUCUACUUCAUCUUCUUGAGAUCAUUUCUUCUUCUUUCCCUUCUCCUUCUUCUUCUUCUACUUCAUCUCCUGGAGAUCAUUUCAUCGUCUUCUUUUUCCUCAUUAUGUGAUCGUUUUUUUUUUCUCAUUCUUCUUCUUUUUCUUCUUCUUCAUCAAGAAAUCAUUUCUUGUUGUUGCUGUUGUUUGUUUUCUACUUCAGGAUAUCAUUUCUCAUUAUUCUUCGUCUUUUUUAGGAAAUCAUUUCUUCUUUUCCUUUUUCUUUUUCUUUUUCUCAUUCUCAUUCUUCUUCUUUGGAACAUCAUUUCUUCUCAUGCUUCCUCUUCUUCUUUGUCUUCUUUAGGAAAUGAUUUCUUCUUAAGGAACUCACUUCUUUUUCUUUUCUUUCGUCUUCUGCUUCAGGAUAUCAUCAUUUGUUUUUAUUCUUCCUUUUCUUUAGGAAAUGAUUUCUUCGUCUUCUUCUUUUUUAUUAUUAUUUUGGAGAUCAUUUCUUCUCAUUCUUUUUGUUCGUCUCCUUUAGCAAGUCAUUUCUUAUUUCUUCUUCUUCUUCUUCUGCUUGCUUCUUCUUUAGGAGAUUAUUUCAUUUCCUUCUUCUUAUUCGUCUCUUUUAGCAAAUCAUUUCUUCAUAAUCUUCCUCUUUCUUUUUCUUCCUUUUCAUCUUCUUCUUCUUCUUCUUCUUCUUCUUCUUCAUCAUCUUCUGCUUCUUCUUCUCCUUUAGGAGAUUAUUUCUUCCCAUUCUUCUUGUUCGUUUCCUUUAGCAAAUCAUUUCUUCACAUUCUUCUUUUCCUUCUUUUUCUUCUUCUUCAUAUUUAG